UUGUACACGCGGCCAACAGUCGGUGCGUGCCCUCUUUUAAACGACGAUAUGUAGCCCGGCGUCAACGAAAAAUCGCGUGGUUCUCGUGCACUGCUCGGCCAAGAUCAUUGUCACGAUCGAGAUCGAACACGUGCUGCCUGCACGGAUCGUUGCGAUUUCAAUUUUUAUUUCUUUUUCUGACAAUAAUUUUUGUGCAAGUUUUGUGACGAACUAUCUAAAGAGACCGGAAUAAUGACUGUGAUGGUGGAGUCCGUGAAAGCGGAGGAGGGCGAACAUGCAAAGAUCAGCAGCUUUGAUGACAUCUUGCCUUAUGUUGGCGAAGCGAAUCGAUAUCAACUAUUCCUCUUCAUCUUGCUUCUGCCAUUCACCUUCGUCUACGCGUUUCUCUACUUCACACAAUUCUUCAUCACCCUGGUGCCCGCCGAGCACUGGUGUACGGUGCCAGAACUCGAAAAAUGGAACCUCACAGACCACGAAAAAAUCGCGUUAUCGAUACCACCAGCGUCGGCCGAAGAAUUGAAGGCGGAAGAUGCCACCGCGUUUUCAAGAUGUACCAUGUACGAUGUGAAUUACGAGGAAAUAUUGUCACAGGGUGUUAGAAAAGGAAAUCUGUCCUGGCCUAUCAAACGGUGUCAAAAUGGAUGGAGUUUCAAUCACUCGAUGAUACCUUAUAAGUCUAUUGCUGUCGAGCUGGGCUGGGUCUGCGACAACACUUAUCUGGGUUCAGCGGCACAGUCGGCCUUCUUCGUCGGCAGCAUCAUCGGCGGUCUAAUAUUCGGUUACAUAGCCGACCAUUACGGCAGAAUUUCAGCUUUGGUCGCCUGCAACUCGGUCGGUUUCAUCGCGUCCGUGGGCACAGCGUUCUGUAACAGCUUCUGGAGUUUCUGCCUCGCCAGAUUAGUCGUCGGCACCUCGUUCGACAACUGUUUCAACGUUCUCUUCAUUAUCGUGAUAGAAUAUGUGGGGCCAAAGUAUCGAACACUGGUAGCGAACAUGUCUUUCGGACUUUACUUCGCCGUGGCUUCUAGUAUAUUACCAUGGCUCGCUUACUGGAUCGCGAACUGGAGGAUUCUGAGCAUGGUCACCGCUUGUCCCAUGGUGGUGGCUUUCAUUGGACCAUGGAUCGCUCCUGAAAGUGCACGGUGGUAUAUCACCAGCGGCAAAGUCGACAAAGCGAUCGAGAUGCUGAAGAAAUUUGCAAAGGUGAACGGGAAAGAGGUGAAGCAGGAAGUAUUCGACGAGUUCGAGAGAAGCUGCAAAUCGAUGAUCGAGCAGGAUAAGUCGCAUAAUCAGUACACCGUUCUCGAUCUAUUUAAAAUGCCACGGCUCGCUCGUAUCACCAUUAUGCUUGUCGUUUACUGGCUCCUGAUGGUGUGGGUGUUCGACGGCCACGUAUGGAACAUGAAACUUCUGGAUCCCGACGUUUUCACGUCCUUCUCUUUGGCCUCGCUCACCGAACUUCCGGCCGCGAUUCUCCUCGCACUCUUUCUGGACAGAUGGGGAAGACGAUGGAUGGGUUUUGCGUCCAUGUUCCUAUGUGGAAUUUUCUCUUUCGUUGCCUUGGCCACGCCUCAUGGUGCUCCAACGGUAGCCAUGGCGAUCGUAGCACGUCUCGGCGUGAACAUCGCUGCGAAUAUUGGUUUUCAAUAUGCAGCUGAAAUGCUUCCUACCGUGGUGAGAGCACAAGGUGUGUCUCUGAUCCACAUCAUCGGCUACGUUGCUCAUAUUUUGGGACCAUACAUCAUUUACCUAGCUGACGUCGACCCAGCUCUACCUCUGGUUACCCUGGGCUUGUUGUCCUUCAUCCACGCGUUCUUGACCUUGGGUUUGCCAGAAACCUUGAAUCAAGAGCUGCCUGAGACUCUUCAGGAGGGCAACGACUUCGGUAAAGAGCAGAGCUUCUGGUGGGUCCCCUGCGUAUCCUCGAGUGAGCCACUGAAGAAGAAGCACAGAAAGAAGGAAGGCCUCUCGAACCCCGCGUUCACCGGCAGCGUUCAAAAGAUCGACUGCACUAGAUUAUAGCGACUGCUGUUGAAACUUGCCAAAUCCUUUGUAAAUAUAGUCGUUAAAUGUGUGUGUGUGUGAGAUGUUACGUGAGAGGUGUACGAGACACCGCGAAUGAUGUGAAACAAGGAGCAUUCCAUAGGUAUAUCGUUUAAUAAUUAUCGAGUGUAACUCAUUCACGAAAUUACCGAGCGUCGGUACAAUUUAGCGCAGUUACUCGAGGAAACGAAUGUUUGCAGUAUUCUUAGAAUUGUUGAAACGUUCCGUAAUCGGUUGUUUACAAAGCUCGAACUUACAGAUAUGUAAUUAAUCUUGAUGCAAAAUCGACGGAAUUUAUUUUGAUUUUUACAAUUUUCGAGUUUUCCACCAUCGACAAUCUAUUAUUUACAAAAACUAGAACUUAUAAAAAUAUAUAAUUAAUUUUGAUGUAAGUCGACAGAAUUUAUUUUAGUUUUUUUCAUCAAGAUAACAAGCUCUCGAUUUUCCUUUUUUAUGUAACUGGAGAUUUUCUAAAACCAUCAUUACAGAAAAAUAAUUCUUUUUGAUGGAAUAAAAUUCAAUAAAUUCGUGAAUAAGAAAUAAAUAGAACGUUUCAGCUUUACGAAUAGUCGAUGCUCGAUUCGUCAGUCGAGAGAUUCGAUCGACUUUUGAACCCGAGACGCGUUCAAAGUUUGAAAAAAAGCUUCGAAAUGUCGGAGUUCAUCUCAAAAUCGAAUAGAAUGAUAACAGUGAUACCUUAAGUAUUAUAAUUGAUCAUAACAAACCUCAGAGAUUCUUCGAACUCUUGUCUCACGGUUUUUCUGUGUACUUUAUUGAAAUGUUACAUCGAGAAAUAUUGUAACUGUAACUUAUUAAAGAAUUGUGAUCGAUUUUGAA